UCAUUCUUUCAUUUCAUACUGAUCGCUUCAUUCUCGCAUCUCUUGUGUACACUUGACACUUAGUGGGAGGUUCUGCUUUACAUAUAUCACUCUGAGCGUCUCGUCUUGUCACUACAAGCAAAAUGUCUCAGCAAAUGGAGCAAAUCCGAAGGAAAGUAACGAUGUUACGGACUGAAGUCGAGGAGGCGCAGGCGAGGGCGGCUGAAGGAGAGAGGCGACUCGAAGAGGCGAAUGACAAGAUUGAUGAGCAAGAGAGAACGAUCGCUAGUCUUAACAGCAAGAUCAACAUGCUGGAGAACGAAAUUGAAUUAGAGCACAAGAAGUACGUAGACAUGAAGGAGUCGUAUGAUGCUUUGGUCAACGAGUUGGGAGAAAUCUGAAAAUUUGAUAUCAACUGAUCCUGUUACUUUCAGUAGUGUGUAGUCAUAUUGUAGUUGGGAUAGACUUCAUUUGUAUGGUAACUUUAUGAAUGGUUCACUGAGUUUUCACUUCAUAAUUUAGAUAAGAUUUCUGAUGUUGAACAUAGUGAAAGGUAAAGAGCUGUA